AAGUAAUUUCAUUUGAAUACAUUCUCUCAUUCACUCACAAUACUUCGUUCGUAGCUGUACAACUAAUUUGACACCAAAAAAUUAAACUCUUAUUUGUAGUAAUAUCUCGAAAAACGUUUCUAAAUUUGUGUAUCAGCCAAUAUGUCGUGUUCAGAUGAGGAGCACAACAUGGACUAUAUCGAUGAGAUGCCCAGCGACAGCCACAGCCAUGAUUGCAAGGAAAAGUUUAGUUUUCAAGGCCGCCAUCUGACGACCAUGUCGCAGGAUAGUCCCUUCAAGUUAACAAAAAACCAACUGCAAACAUGGAGUAUGCAUACGGACUCGCGUUCCUUUAUAUUUCUGCAAUUGCAGACACUUUCUGGACGUGAGGAUAUAAGUACACUUCUGCUGGUCGUAUGUCCCACAGGAAAGGCCGUUCGCCAUAGGAUCCACAUAUUUUGCACCGGCAGCCAAAACCACUUGGGCUCAGCGCAAGUGACCCCCGAAGAGGUUGAUUUGCUUGAGCGCCAUCACCGUCCGGACAACUAUUCGCUGGUCUACUGCUCACUCUCCAUCACAUUGCAGGACAUGGUUGGGAAUGGCGUGAUCAAGAGGGAGAUUUUCGAUGUCGUUCGGAAUCAGUCGCAGGUGUCGUGGCAUUCAGAGUACCAGGGAAAACCGCUGUGCAUUUCAUACAAGUCCAGCACUUCGGAUGUUCAGUUGCCCAUAAGAAAUACCUUACCAGAAGGCAUAGGUGAUGUUCAAGAACAGUCGAACGAGGAACAGAAAGUAUCGAAGGUAGAUCCUUCCUCUACCCAGACGUUUGCACAAAAAUGGCUGUUCUUGGAGUCUCAGAAGAAAGCGGAGAUUCAGUCGAAGCGGAUGCUAAUGGAGGGAAAUAAGUCAGCGAGCGAAGUAACUAGAUUAUCUGAGGGAAGUAAAAGCCAUCAGCCCAAUCUACCAGCGAUUGCCGGAACUGAAGAUGCUCAGAGUGCUCUCAAGGCCGAAACAGAGAAGAACCUAAAAGAAGUAGAGGAUCGGCAAGCCAGUUCACUGACACAGCUCAAAACUACUGAAAGCCAAAAGAGUACAGCAGAAGACAGCAGCUUAAAACAGAAGCGGAGACAUCACAGUGUGCCCGCGUCGAACCAAGUAGCAACUCGACUUCCACACAUUCGGAAGUUUGCUCUACGGCAAAGCAAAUCAGAAGAGCUCCGACAGAAAAGAGAAGAAGAGCGCAAAGCUGAUGAAGCUCAGCGGAAUCCAAAUGCCAAAUCCAAAAGCUCCAAAGAGGAGCAAGAAGAGCAAAAGCGCAAGCAACAGAAACUGAACCAACCCUCGUUGCACUUCUCUCAAACUCGUAGUUUUCUGCUGCGCAGGCAGGUAACUGAAGCAGCAAUAAAAAGAAGAGACGAGGCCUUGCGGAAAGAACAGAAGCGGAUACUGCCCAGUUUGCUCGAGUCUCAGCGUCGGCUUCCAUCCAUACGGUACUCUGCGCUGCGGCCAAGCAAAACAGAACUCAAAAAGAAACGGAGAGAAGAUAGGCGCAAACAACAACAGUCCCUUCAGCGCCAGCGCAGAGCUGCUGAAGCCCGUUGGAUUUGUGAGGAAGAAGAGCGCGCAAGGCGGGAGCAAGAAGAGCGCAAGGGCAGGUAGCGGAGGAAGCUGCCC